CUUUCUGCUUCUGUGUGCGAGGAGGCCCCAGCGGCCGAGACUGCGGCGGCGACGAAGCGAGGUCCUUGGACGUCGUCGGACGGGUUCUGCGGAAGAAACACACAAACGAUGGCCGGUGAUACGGAGACCGUGAGUGGAAGAGGAGUGAUGACGACUUCGCUGCCGACUGCGACGACGAAAACGACCGCGCCGUGACGUGAGGCGCUCCUGUCGCUGCAUUUAUUGUUUUUGCUCCCCCCCCCCCCCUUCUUUUUUUUUUGGUCUGCGCCUACGUGUUCGGUCGUCUGCUAACGCUGCUGCUGUCGUCUGCUCCCUGCCGCGUCGGCGUCGUCUGCUCUUCUGCUGCGCCUGCAACGUGUGGGUGUGCGCGCGCGUGCAUGCGUGCGGUGAUCUUCGACUUGUGUGACGCGUGGCUGUCACGGCCGUGCCCAUACUGCACCGUCUGGUGAAUUUGGUGAUUUCGAUUCGUGACUCCGCGGUUGUGCGCCUCCUCCCCCCCCCCCCUCCCAUCCUCCCUUCGUGGUCAUCGACGUGGCAUCGACAAUCGAAAUCGCCACGACCUCCGUCGUUCGUCGUCUCUUCGGAAAGGUGUGACGAGACUGGGUGGGGCGCAAAAAAGAAGAAGAAGAAACCCGGAUAACGGAUCACAGGGUGCAGAUAUGCCGACUACACAGACCCGUUUGGAGCCUGCCAGGCGCCACGCAGACACGGAGAAAAGAUACACCAACGCCGAGUAUGAGGAAGUGCGAGCAUCCCUCAAGGCUCACAGCCAGGAGCACCUGCUCAGGUUCUGGCCGCAGCUCACUGAGGAGCAGAGAUGCCAGCUGAUGACCGAUUUGAGGUACAUAGACUUUGCGAGGACGUCAUCGGCGUUCAAGCAGGCGACAGACGCAGGAUCGGGUGAUGCUGAAAGCUUGGAUGACCUCCUGGAGCCCAUUCCCACCGACCGGCAUGGCUCUGUGUCUCGGUGUUCGCCUGAGAAACUCGAGGCAUACCGCAACGAAGGCCUGCGGCUGGUGUCCGAGGGCAAGGUGGCCGCUCUCCUCUUGGCCGGUGGACAGGGGACCCGCCUGGGCGUGCCCUACCCCAAGGGCAUGUACGACGUGGGGCUGCCCUCGCACAAGACGCUCUACCAGCUGCAAGGGGAGCGGCUCUGCCGCCUCACGCAGCUGGCGCAGGAGCUCACCGGCAAGCGGGGAAACAUUCCCUGGUACAUCAUGACAAGUGAGCACACCAAGGAACCCACACUCGAGUUCUUCGCCAAGCACGACUUUUUUGGCCUCCAGGAGGACAGCCUUGUUGUGUUUGAGCAGAACAUGAUGCCAGCCUUGACAUUUGAUGGGAAGAUAAUCCUGGAGACUCCAUAUAAGGUGUCCAUGUCCCCAGACGGCAACGGGGGCCUCUACAGCGUCCUGCAAAGGAAGGGGAUCCUGGCGGACAUGGAACGGCGAGGCGUCAGCUACAUUCAUGUCUACUGUGUAGACAACAUUCUGGUCAAGAUGGCCGACCCCACGUUUGUGGGAUAUUGCGUCACCAACGGCGCUGACUGCGCAGCGAAGGUGGUGGAGAAGGCCUUCCCGACGGAAGCUGUCGGGGUUGUCUGUCGGGUCAAGGGCCGCUUCCAGGUGGUCGAGUACAGCGAGGUGUCGCUGCGCACAGCUCAGCGUCGCAACCCUGAUGGCCGGCUCACCUUCAACGCAGGCUCCAUCUGCAACCACUUCUUCACCCUCGACUUCCUCAAACGGGUGUCCGUAGGCACGAGUCUGAAGUACCACGUGGCCAAGAAGAAGAUUCCGCAUGUGAAUGACCUUGGAAACUUGGUCAAGCCGGAGAAGCCCAAUGGAAUCAAGCUGGAGAUGUUUGUGUUUGACGUCUUCGAAUACGCCGACAACUUCUUUGUGUGGGAGGUCCUGCGGGAGGACGAGUUCUCGCCCCUCAAGAACGCCGAGGGGGCCACCAAGGACACGCCAACCACCGCGCGCCACGCACUGUACAGCCUGCACCACCGCUACAUCCUCAGCGCGGGCGGUAAACUCGUCGACGAAGACGGCUGCCCCAUUCCACUCAUUCCGAGUGCGGAGGAAACUGAGAAUGGACACGGUGACCACAAAAGUCAAAAAGAAGACCUCAAGUAUGAACACCCAGUUGCCUGUGAGAUAUCCGCUCUUAUUUCGUACGACGGUGAGGGUCUGGAGGACUACGUGAAGGACAAGAAGUUCGUGCCGCCCGUGCUUCUGAGCAGCAGCGAGGAGGAGCCCAUCUUCCAGAACGGAACGCGCAAGGACUGACCGGCGGGUGGCUUGUUGGCGUUUCGCGAGCCGGGAUCAAGCUUUUCGUUUUGUGCAUUUGGAGCGCCCAGCAACGCAUCGAUGACACUCCAGCACUCCGCAGUGGCUUUUUUUGUUUAGUUUUUUAUUUUAUUUUUAUUUCUCCGUAGCUGACGCACUUUUGUGGACCGCUUGGGGCAGACGUAUUUUUGGUUUUCUCGGGACCAGCUCUUUACUCCGUCGCAUGUGCUUGAAGUCUUCCCCGGUGCUUUUGGUUUGCAGCACGGCGGUUUUUGGCAGGGCAGGCAUGUGUGCUGCGGCCGGCUACAGGAGCAAAGCGGGGACGCAAUUUAUCGCGUUGUAAAUAGUUGACAGCUGUACAUAGGCCUGCUGAGAAGGAAGGCCCCGUCGAGGGAAUAAAUGAACUGCUGAUGCGA